CCUCCUCUAUCCCGGAAGUUGACGCCGCGCUCUGGGUCGCGUGCUGCUCGCUAGGGGUGUCGCCUUAGAGAUCUGCACGGGCUGGGCUUGCGAAAGGAUCAACAUGCCUUUGGCUAGAGAUUUACUGCAUCCUUCCUUGGAAGAGGAAAAGAAAAAACAUAAAAAGAAACGGCUGGUUCAAAGUCCAAAUUCUUAUUUUAUGGAUGUAAAAUGUCCAGGCUGCUACAAGAUUACCACUGUUUUCAGCCAUGCUCAGACAGUGGUGCUUUGUGUAGGUUGUUCAACCGUGUUGUGCCAGCCGACAGGAGGAAAGGCCAGACUCACAGAAGGGUGUUCAUUUAGAAGAAAGCAACACUAAUGAUCCACACAACUUCCUGAAUUUGUGUUCUAUCGCAGAAAGCCUUAUCAGUUCAGUAAUUCCAGUUAAUCUACCAAGAUAAUGUAAUUAUGUUUAAUUUUGUAAGGUAUACAACAGCACUCUCUUAUUUUGGUGUCAGUUUUUCAAUAAAGUUUUGAUUAUGGGCAAACUA